AUGUCUUCCCACUCCAAGAAGCGCAGAGCCAGCGCCGCCGACGAGCUGGACGAAAACGAGCCGCAGAUGGCCCAGAAACCGGCAAAGAAGACCAAGCACGCGCCCGGUGCGCCCGACGGCAAGGACGACGAAGGCAACCCGUUCUGGGAGUUGUCUAGCAAGCGACGCGUCGGCGUGUCGCAGUUCAAGAACAUGAGCUUGGUCAACAUCCGCGAGUACUACGAAAAGGACGGCAAGCUGCUCCCGGGCAAAAAGGGAAUCUCUCUGUCCGUGGAGCAGUACUCGGCCCUGCUCAGAGCCGCUCCCGCUAUCAGCGCGACCCUCCGCGACAUGGGCCAGACGGUCGGCGACGUCGAGGAUACAGGCGCUGCUGCCCCCGCCAAAAACAGGGUCAAGAAGGAAAAGACCAAGCCGGCCAAGGCCAACAUCGAGGCGACGAGCGACGAGGACGAGGGCUAG